UUUCUCAUUGACUGCUGUUUUGGUUCGUGGAGAUUCUAAGAAGCCAUGGAGCACAUGUCCACCCCGGUCCGGUUCCGCAACAGCAACAAAACUGCUGCAACUUUUUCAGAUAAGGAGGGGUCAAGUCUGUCCAUCGAAGACCAAGAAGACACUCAGUUCCCUUUUGCCAUGAGAGAUCUUCCUCCUGCCUUUCAGUCUGAUGAGCAGAACCAGGAAGAAAGUCAACAAGAACCAGUGACCUGUGAACCAACUCAAAUUGUGGCAGAACCCAAUGAGGGACUCCCUAGUCUUCCUGGGUCUCCCCCCCUGCUGUGCCCCGUACCCUGUAACUCCACUGAACCUCCAAACAGACCACACAGACCCAACUGCGUGCGGUUAGACUCCGGGUUUCAGCCGGUGUCUUUGAGGAGGCAGCUCGUCUCUCAAAGUUCUCUGGAGUCUCCUGUCAGCCCUGUUUCACGUCCACAGAGUCCAUGGGGACGCUUUGACCCCUACGACUCUCCAGAGGAUAAUGACAAAGAGUAUGUGGGUUUUGCCACAUUGCCGAACCAGGUUCAUAGAAAAACUGUGAAGAAAGGUUUCACAUUUACACUUAUGGUGGCAGGAGAGUCUGGCCUCGGAAAAUCUACUCUGAUUAAUAGCUUGUUUCUCACCGACUUCUACAAAGACAGGAAGGUUCCAAAUGCGGAAGAAAGGAUCGGUCAAACAGUCGACAUCAUCAGACACAGCGUCAGCAUUGAAGAGAAGGGAAUCAAACUGAGGCUCACCAUCGUUGACACGCCAGGCCUCGGGGACGCUGUCAACAACACAGAAAGCUGGAGGCCGCUAGAGGACUACAUCGACCAACAGUUUGAGAAUUACUUCAGAGACGAGAGUGGUCUGAACAGAAGAAACAUCCAGGACAACAGGGUUCACUGCUGCCUCUACUUCAUCUCUCCAUUUGGUCACGGUCUGAGACCUCUGGAUGUGGAGUGUAUGAAGGCCCUGCAUGAAAAAGUCAACAUCAUUCCUGUACUGGCCAAAGCUGACUGUCUGACACAAGCAGAAGUCUGCAGGAAGAAAAUGAAGAUGAGAGAGGAGAUAAAGCGGUUUGGGAUCAACAUCUACCAGUUCCCUGAGUGUGAUUCUGAUGAAGAGGAAGAGUUCAAGAGGCAGGACCAGAUUCUGAAGGAAAGCAUUCCAUUUGCGCUAAUCGGAAGUAAUGUUCAAGUGGAGAGCAAAGGUCGCAAAGUCAGGGGUCGACUUUAUCCCUGGGGUGUGGUUGAAGUGGAGAACCCGGCUCACUCUGACUUCCUGAUGCUGAGGAACAUGUUGGUGAGAACGCACAUGCAGGACCUGAAGGACGUGACGCGAGAGAUCCAUUACGAGAACUACAGAGCACAGUGCAUCCAGAACAUGACACAGAUGGUGGUGCAGGAGAAGAAACGCAGUUUAUGUCAGAAACAGCUAGAGAGGAGUGAGGCAGACAUCCCUCUGCCCCUGGCCGUCGUGGACUGUGAAAAGGAAAACCUCAUCUUUGAGAAAAAUGCAGAGCUCAGGAGGAUGCAGGAGGUGCUGGACAGAAUUAAAGAGCAGAUGCAGCAGAACCAGAGCAGCGACUGCUGA